AUGUAUAUAAAUGACGGUCUAUUUAUCCUCGACUCAUCAAAGAUAAUCUGUAAAUAUAUACAAAUGCAUCAGCUUCUAGUGAUUAGUUUUGUCACCAUUUGUCUACUAUUCCCAAAUAUAUUUGCUAAAAAGCAAAAAGAAACCAUAGAUGUUCCAUUUGUUAUAGACGGAAAAGGUGAUAUGAUUAUUGAAGUUGGUGGAGUGAAAUUUUCGUUGAAUUCUAAACAAGUUUUAAAAUUUAACGAUGGUGAAAGUAAAACUGAAAUAGAUUUUGGAUCACCAACACCAGAAGAACUGAAAAAUAAGAAAGGUACACGUCGAUUAACUGAAUACUUUGAUGAAUCAGAAGUAUAG